GAGGAGCGCUUCAAAGUCCAUGACCUCCUGGAGCACCGGCGCCUGCUUUGGCAUGGCACCAAUGUGGCAGUGAUUGCAGCCAUCCUGAAGAGUGGGCUACGCAUCAUGCCCCACUCUGGUGGGCGUGUGGGCAAGGGCAUCUACUUUGCCUCUGAGAACAGCAAGUCAGCUGGCUAUGUGGGCUGCACGUCCAAGAAGGUUGGCAUCAUGUUCCUGGCGGAGGUGGCCCUUGGCAAGUCUUACUGCAUCACCCGUGAUGACCCCACGCUGCGUCAGCCUCCCCCCGGCUAUGACAGCGUCCUGGCCUGUGGCCAGACAGAGCCAGACCCCACGCAAGAUGAGGAGGUGCUGCUGGAUGGCAAGAAGGUGCUGGUGUGCCAGGGCAAGCCUGUCCCCAUGCCUGCCUACAAGGACUCCUCCUUCAGCCAGAGCGAGUACCUCAUCUACCGGGAAAGCCAAUGCCGGAUCCGCUUCCUCGUCCAGCUCCGCUUCUGACAGUGUCUGGGCAACCCGUGCCCCGUCCCAGCACCAGCUAGUGGUGUCCACCAACUGGCAGCACAGUGGUCUUGACUCUCUUACUGCCUCAUCUAGUGGGGACAGCCUGGCAUGGGGACAGAGCUUGCUCUGAGGGUGAAUA